GUUCCAGAUUUCCCCAGUCCUCUUCAGUGCUCACGAUGCCUCCUCACGCCUCCUCCUCCCCCAAAUCGAUCACGUCUCUCUCUCUCUCUGGCCUAAAAUCAGAGUCGGCGGGUAAGAUAAGUUCGGGAGAAAAAAUAAUGGAGGGGGAGAAAAAACCUUCGGCGUUGUCGGAUGCGGCCUGUGGGUUCUUGGGCCAUGAACGUAAUAAGUUCAGUCGGAAUCAUCAUGGCCAAACAGGUAGAGAGGUGCCUGAGAGAUCAAGGUUUCAAGGGAAAUCCCUCCAGAUCUUGUAUGGAGACUCCAAAGAGUUAGUCCCAGCGAUCAAAGCAGCAAGAUCCAACGAUGAUACUGGAUUUCAGUUUGGUUAUAGUCUUUUUCAAGCCUUGAUAUUGCGAGAAUGCAAGGAAACAUGUCAUCCACCGCAUGCCACGUCGUAUAUGCCUUCCUCGUUACAACACUGAUUGGCUUACUCCAGGUGAAGUAUCAGAACAAGAACGCGUCUCCAUUUGAAACGCACCCGACCACCAUGCGAACCUUUGUCAUAACAAUGUGGACUUACAGCUUAGCUACCGCGGGCAAAAGUGUAACAAAAAAAUAUGGUGCAAAUUGUUACUAUAAAAUCUUCGGCCACGUUAGUAUCAUAUCGGGGGCUCUUUCAUCGGUUUCCUUAGCAGUGCUUUUUCUACCAUCCUCGCUGAAUUUUCCGAUCAUGUUCAUCACCUCGGCCGUUUUGUUUGCAAUCGUGGCUCGACUCUUAUACCAGACUGUAUCCCAGUGGUUUUACCGGAAGAUUGUAGAUGCAGUUGCACAAGUGCUUGAAAUAUUAAUGACGCGUUUCAUGGGACGGGGAUUGAUGGAGCAGCAACGUGUGCUUGUGUGACAAUAUCCAUUACUAGAUCCAACAUGUUAAUUUGGAAAUAACCCAGAUGUAAAAUUUGUGUGCUUUAAUGGUAAUAUUUCCCCAUAAAUUUGAACAUAGGUAAUACGGAGUACAUCGUUAUUGCGAAGCACCAAAAAAAAAAAAAAUACUACUCCGUACUUCC